UCAAGGACAAGGCCUCAACGAGGCUCAAAUGGUCACAAUGGCGGAGAGCCAGCCGCUGACAGCCCGUCGACUGAGCUGGGCUGACCAGAAUGCUGUGCCUUUGGCCUCCACCAUCAUAGAGGCACCUCUGGCUGCACAUUUGGAGCUCGAAGAUGACGACGAUGAGGUUGACAGGCCUGGUGUCCGGACGCUAGAGAUGGGACUUCUGAUGCAGGGGUUUGCAUACAGAGCGGCGGUAGACCUGCCUUCCAAUGGGCAGCUAGUUGAGGUUGUUGGACCUUUGCCAGAAGGCAUAGAGAUCCUGGUCAAGGAUGAGGGCAGUCCAGAACAUCCCGCAGCUUUAUGGGUAGAAGCUGAGCUGAAGCAGCUUGGUCUCUUUCACCAUGGCUUUCUCGUCAGAAUCACUGGCGGCGAAUUCGCGGAAGUUGUCAUAAACCUCAAGGCUUGCGUAAUGGGUCCCAGAGAAGGACGACCAUCUAGGGUUCACGAAAAUGUGGAGCUCAUAAGAGCACUGGCGCCAGAGGAUGUUCUGGACAACACUGAGGGCAGCGCUUUCAGAAGAGCUGCGAUGCUUCUGGCUGACGAUGAGGAUGAGGAUGGGUGAGGAGUUGUCUCUAGCUGCCUCUGCAGCCAUCCGCGGUUUCAUGUGAUGUCACCAGAUGACUGCUCUUCGCUUUCUUGGCUGGGAAGGUUGUGCAACUAUGUAGACUAUGUAGCACACUGAAUGAACUACGUAGACUCGCUAGUCAUGCCUGCCUGUUUGCGAAGCUGAACUUCUGGAGACACCUGGCUCGUCCUCUCACUCCACACAUGUCAGCCAUGCUUGUGUGGAACGUCAGCUUUUGCGUCACCUCAGUUCGGUGUGCACAUGGGUCUCACUCAAGUGAAGUUGGAGGUGAGCGGCAUCGUGGCAACUUGAAAUUCUUUGUUUCCAGCUUGGUGCUCAUCGUGGCAACUUGUCAAAGCCUCUUGACCACGACUGCCAAAGGGCUCACCUUCUCUUCACUGUAGGAUCUCCUUUGAGAGUUGCGUGAAUCAAAGACUUUGACGGACUGCUUAGCUUGUAUCCACAACCGACACAAAGGAGAAAUCAAAUUUGAGCCGCUCCCCGCCAGCGGCUAGCGCCCUGCAGCCCGCAGCCCUGCAGGAAUGGACAUUCACCAGACUAAAUGCAGUCAAUCUGUGAGCCGAGAAAGAGGGUUGCUCCUGCAGCACUCAUGAGCCAACAUAAGUGCUCAAGACAACUCAUGGCCUGGCAACGUAACUCUUC